AUUUUUGGAUAUUUAUGGUGAUGAAACGAAUAUAUAUUCCUCUUCCCGAAGCAAAUGCACGUAAGGAUAUGUUCAAGCUGCAUAUUGGAAAAAAUACCAAUCAUUCAUUGACUGAACAAGAUUUUAAGACAUUGGCUGAAAAAACCGAAGGAUUUUCUGGUUAUGAUAUAUCCAUAGUUGUUCGAGAAGCCUUAAUGCAACCAGUGCGGAAGGUGCAGACAGCUACGCAUUUUAAAUACAUAUCAGGUCCAUCUCGCAGUGAUGCUUCGAUCAUUGUUCAUGAUCUGUUGACUCCUUGUUCCCCUGGCGAUAAGGAAGCAAUAUCAAUGUCGUUUAUGGAUGUUCCUAGCGACAAACUUGCCGAGCCUGUUCUUUCGAUGAGCGAUAUGCUACGAUCUCUAAUGAAUACAAAACCAACAGUCAACAAAAACGAUAUGGAUAAGCUAUUGCAAUUUACAAAGGAUUUCGGCCAAGAAGGAUGA